AUGGAUAAAAAUUUAAUCGUUUGUGAAAAUUGUAAAGCCUGCAAAGAAAGUGAAUAUCAAUGCAACAAUGGAAGAUGUAUUUCAAAAAAGUACCUCUGUGACAGUAACGUGGACUGUACGGAAGGAGAUGACGAGAUGGAGAAGACGUGUGUUUCUUGUCCAAAGAGUCUCUACCGAUGCUCCGGGCAAGUGUUGCUGUGCAUCCAACACUGGCAGAGAUGCGACGGUACAGAUGAUUGCCUGAAUGGAGAAGACGAGAAAAACUGCUGUUUGAACAUUUUUUCAAAUCAAAAAUAA